GAGAGAGAGAGAGAGAGUGAGAUUCCGAUCCAUAUUGGGCCGCUAGUCGCCGCAUCGGUCGAGCAUCAACGAGAGAGAGGAAGAGAGAAACCGCAGUGCUGUCCUCCUCUCUGAGGAAGACGUAGAACCAAAGGAGCUAGAAGGGGCCUCCUUUGAGGGACCAAGAAAAUCUAAGCAAAGAUGAGGAUUAUGAUAAAAGGAGGUGUUUGGAAGAACACUGAAGAUGAAAUCCUCAAAGCGGCGGUGAUGAAAUAUGGGAAGAAUCAGUGGGCUCGGAUUUCUUCCCUUCUCGUUCGCAAGUCCGCCAAACAGUGCAAGGCUCGCUGGUACGAGUGGCUCGAUCCUUCAAUCAAGAAGACUGAGUGGACCAGAGAAGAAGAUGAGAAACUGCUUCACCUUGCUAAGCUCAUGCCCACACAAUGGAGAACAAUUGCCCCAAUUGUUGGCCGUACUCCAUCCCAGUGCCUUGAACGUUAUGAGAAACUCCUUGAUGCAGCGUGUGCUAAGGAUGAAAACUAUGAGCCAGGUGAUGAUCCACGAAAAUUGCGUCCUGGAGAGAUCGACCCAAACCCAGAAUCAAAGCCUGCACGUCCUGACCCUGUUGAUAUGGAUGAGGACGAGAAAGAAAUGCUGUCAGAAGCACGAGCUCGGUUGGCCAACACCAGAGGCAAGAAGGCAAAAAGGAAAGCCAGGGAGAAGCAACUUGAAGAGGCCAGAAGGCUUGCUUCGUUGCAGAAAAGGAGAGAACUAAAGGCAGCUGGAAUCGAUACGAGGCAUCGGAGGAGGAAAAGGAGAGGGAUUGACUAUAAUGCUGAGAUCCCCUUUGAGAAGAAGCCUCCUCCAGGCUUUUAUGAUGUUGCUGAUGAAGAUCGACCACUGGAACAACCUAAGUUCCCGACAACCAUCGAAGAACUUGAAGGAGAGAGAAGGGUUGAUAUGGAAGCACGAUUAAGAAAGCAGGAUAUUGCGAGGAAUAAAAUUUUACAGAGGCAAGAUGCUCCAUCGGCUAUUCUGCAAGCUAACAAGCUUAAUGAUCCAGAAGCAGUUAGAAAGCGGCCAAAACUGAAUCUUCCUGCACCACAGAUGGGGGACCAGGAUUUGGAGGCAAUUGCAAAGUUAGGUUAUGCUGGAGAUCUUGCGGGUGAGGAGCUCACAGAAGGAAGUGGUGCAACACGAGCUCUCCUCGCGAAUUAUUCCCAGACGCCACAGCAGGGAAUGACCCCUUUACGAACUCCACAAAGAACACCUGCAGGAAAGGGUGAUGCUAUUAUGAUGGAAGCUCAAAAUGCGGCCAGGAUGAGAGAAUCUCAAACGCCAUUAUUAGGAGGAGAAAACCCUGAAUUGCACCCAUCUGAUUUUUCAGGGGUCACUCCUAAAAAAAUGGAUAUUCAAACGCCAAAUCCAAUGUUGACUCCUUCAGCAACUCCUGGAGGCAUGGGUCUUACUCCUGCAAUUGGCAUGACACCGUCAAGGGAUGGCUAUUCUUUUGGUAUGACCCCAAAAGGAACUCCCAUGCGGGAUGAGCUUCACAUUAAUGAGGAUAUAGAAAUUCAUGGUGGUGCUAAGCUUGAACGUCGAAGACAAGCUGAGUUGAAAGAGAACCUGCGCUCUGGUUUUAGCACUCUUCCCCAGCCUAAGAAUGAGUAUCAGAUAGUUGUCCAACCUGUUCCAGAAGAUAGUGAAGAGCCAGAGGAGAAGAUUGAAGAAGAUAUGUCUGACAGGAUUGCAAGAGAGAAGGCUGAGGAAGAGGCGAGGUUGCAAGCAUUGCUAGGAAGAGAUCAAAAGUAUUGCAAAGGGAGCUCCCCAGACCUCCUGCUGCUUCAUUAG